AUGUCAAACACGGAGUUCGACCUACAUCAGAGUUGCAAACCUGUAUUAAAACGUGGGUUUGACGAGGUAGAUGCUGCAACUUUAGUCAAUGAAGGAAAUGGAAAUAAGAAUAAAAAGUCGACAGCUUUAGUACGGAAUAAAGCAUUAAAAUCUACUGCGGGGUUGAAAGAUGAUAACAAAAGUAGUCAUAAUGGUCAUAAUAAAAAAGAACAAGAACAUGAACAUGAAGAAGAUGGAGAAGAAAAUGUAAUACUUUCGAAUAAAAUGCCUGAGUUUAAUUUCAUAAAAUACUGCUAUCGUCACAACCCGGAUGUUCAACAUUCGUGUAAGGACUCGAUGGUAUUUCAAGAUCAGUUGCGGUUGGAGAGAUGGAACCAGAAAAUAAACGCUCUGGAGAAAGAUUCCGAUAGAGACAAGAUCAGACAAACGUUACAAAACUUCCAAAAUAGCAAUGAGAAGAUCCGGAAACUCAUGCUAGAAGGAAUACUACAGCUCUGCUGCUUUCCACAACUAUCAUAUAUCGCAGAUGAGGUUAAACAGUUGAUCAAGAUCGAUUUCAUUUCUACUUUACCAGAAGAGCUUUCCUUAAAAAUAUUGGGCUAUUUAGACUGCCAGUCUCUAUGCACUGCUGCACUAGUGUGCAAAAGAUGGAAGGUGCUAGCAGAUGAUGACAGAGUAUGGUACCAUAUGUGUGAACAGCACAUUGACAGAAAAUGUCCCAACUGCGGAUGGGGUUUGCCAUUACUUCACAUGAAGCGAGCCCGUUUCUUGCCCGUGAACGAGGCGCAUGUUUAUAACCAAAACGGCACACAAAACAAUGCAACAAGUAAUAACAAUACGAGGGAAUCAACUCCAGGCGCAACUGCAACAAUAGUGCCAUCGACAAGAUCGGCCUGCAAUCCUGUACCCCAAACUGCUGUAGAGAAAACGAGAGCGAAGAAUAGCCGAUACUACACCAGGCCAUGGAAAGUAAUUUACAGAGAGAGAUUCCAGGUGGAGUCGAAUUGGAGAAACGGGAGAUGCAGAAUUCAAGUAUUCAAAGGUCACAUGGAUGGUGUUUUAUCGUUGCGUUACAACCAUAGGCUUCUUUUCACCGGGUCGUACGACUCGACGGUUGCCAUUUGGGACACUAAAUCGGGGAACUUGAUCAGAAGAUUAACAGGACACACGGAUGGUGUCAAGGGAAUAUACUUCGACGACCAAAAGAUGAUAACCGCUUCCUUGGACAAGACUAUCAGAGUGUGGAAUUACAUUACGGGGUCCUGCAUAUCAACUUAUAGAGGCCACCAGGAUUCUGUUUUAUCAGUUGACUCGUACAAAAAAAUCAUUGUUAGUGGGUCUGCGGACAAGACCGUGAAGGUAUGGCAUGUCGAGUCGCGCACCUGCUACACUUUGCGGGGCCACACGGAAUGGGUCAACUGCGUGAAAUUGCAUCCCAAGAGUUUCACGUGUUACAGCUGCAGUGACGACAAGACGUUGCGUAUGUGGGACAUUCGCACGAACUCAUGCAUUAAAGUGUUCAGAGGACACGUUGGUCAAGUGCAAAAAGUAAUCCCACUAACUAUCAAGGACGUUGCAAACCUUGUUGUGGACAAGGACCUCCCCGAGGAACGUCACAAUGCGGAGCAAGACCCACAGGCUCUUGGAAAUCAGCAAAACCAGAACCAAGAGAACGAACAGGACGACUGCACAGGCGUGCUAGACCCAAACCUCAAAUACCCUACCCACCUACUAUCCUGCUCAUUGGACAACACCAUUAAGCUCUGGGAGGUGCGCACUGGGAAAUGUGUCAGAACUCAAUUUGGUCACGUGGAAGGCGUGUGGGACAUUGCAGCGGACAAUUUCAGAAUCGUGAGCGGAUCCCACGACAAGAACGUGAAAAUCUGGGAUCUACAGAACGGUAAGUGUAUACAGACUUUUACCGGCCACAAGGCACCGAUAGUGUGCGUUGGUAUCGGGGACAGUUCUUUCGCCAGCGGCGACGAGCUAGGAGAGGUGAAGAUGUGGCACUUCGAUGACAUUUGA